UAUAAUGAAAAGAUUUAUGUUAAUUUCAUGUUCUGUUGAGCAUCGGCACUUCGAUAUACUCUCAAAACAUGGCCGCGUUGACGUCACAUGCAAACACCCUUUACUGAUGUGUAAACAGACCGUUAAUAAUUAAUAUGCAUAUACGUAAGACUUUUGCAGCUUUUUAAGAUUUGCAGCUGUGGUAUAUAAAUACUAUGAGCGCUUUCUAGUUCAUUUAUGUAAUGCACUUCUCACCUUAAGUUGAUUUAUUUUUUCUUUCGAUAUGUUCACUAUUUUGUCGGUAUAUUUCAUUUUAAUCUCAAAUCCAUUAAUCACACUUGCCAUGGAAAAAAAUAUUGGUGAUUACGAGAUGAUACAAUUGCGUUUGCUCCAAAAAGGGACAUGUCCACUAUUUCAAGAUAUCCUGUUUGAGACAUCGUAUCCAUCAAUACUUUCAUGUUCAUUGAAAUGCUUACAAGAGCCAUUCUGCGUUGGAAUCAAUUUUUGGGAAGGUGCAAUGACAAAAAAUAAAAAUUGUCAGUUAACUAGUAAACAACCACAGAAAAAUGCAAGUUGUGGUGAUAUCGAGUGGAGCAUUUAUAAAUUGAUUAAUCCACAAAGAAAGGCUAUACAUCACGAAACAAAGAUUAUAGAAGAAGAAGGAGAUUGCAAAUUUCCACAGCCAUUGGGAAUGGAAAAUGGCAAAAUUCCUAAUGAUGCGAUUACAGCGUCCUCUAUUUGGUCCUCUUUUUACGAAGCCCGAUUUGGUCGAUUAAGAAACAAUAAAUGCUGGUCACCAUCUGUCAGCUCCAACUCAUGGCAUCAAGUUGACUUUGGUAAAGUUACAUUUGUAACCAGCGUUGCUACUCAAGGUGCAAGUUAUAAAAGUAAUAAAUGGAUAAGAACCUACUCGAUUUCAUACAGCAAUAAUGGCACAACAUGGUCAGAUUAUUACGAAAAUGGAUCUAUAAAGAUUUUUCAAGGCAACAGUGAUCAUUUUGGGAUAGUCAAUAAUUCUUUUUUGUCACCAAUCAAGUGUCGCUACGUGCGUUUCUUACCAAAAACAUUUAGUUUCUUUCCUGUGUUAAGGAUCGAAUAUUAUGGCUGUUGAGUGUAAUAAAACUUUUUAAAUGGAAUAUGAAAUUAAUACUCACCAAAUUAUUCAUAGCUAGAAAAGCACAUAAAUAAACGAGACCCAAGGUUGAGGUUUGCACCUGCUUGAGACUUCUCACAAAUGUCUUCGAAGUUUUGCAUGAAAUAGUGCAAACACAAAAAAUAUCUUUUACUUCUUUUUUAAGAUAACACUAAUGCAAAACAUACAAAUUUAAAAUAAACAUUUAAAUUUUUCAUUU